AGGUGACAUUUUCCGCCUCGCCAUUUUGUCCUGUGCCGGGUAUUUAUCGGAGGAGUCGUGACAAGCCCGUUUACACUGUUAGUUAGGUGGUUAGUCUGCACUCGCUAUACCAGAGGCUACAUUUCUAGACCGUGGUCUGUCGUAGGUUUUCAUCCACCGCUAAUAACUCAUUUUGUAUAUUUAUUUUAUUUUUGUACCAAAGAGGAAGAAUGGCGACCCAAGCCCCCGAAUAUUCUCCGUUCUUCGCAGUGAUGGGUGCCUCUGCGGCGAUGGUGUUCAGCGCACUGGGAGCUGCCUAUGGCACAGCUAAGAGUGGUACAGGAAUUGCCGCCAUGUCUGUGAUGAGGCCAGAGCUCAUCAUGAAGUCCAUCAUCCCUGUGGUCAUGGCGGGAAUCAUAGCCAUCUAUGGCCUGGUAGUAGCAGUGCUGAUUGCCAACAACAUCUCAGAGAAUGUGUCUCUCUACAAGAGUUUCCUUCACCUGGGUGCUGGGCUGAGUGUGGGCCUCAGUGGACUGGCAGCAGGCUUUGCAAUCGGCAUCGUGGGCGACGCAGGCGUGAGGGGCACAGCUCAGCAGCCAAGGCUUUUUGUGGGCAUGAUUCUCAUCUUAAUUUUUGCUGAGGUCCUGGGUCUUUAUGGGCUCAUUGUUGCCCUUAUUCUCUCCACAAAAUAAACACCCAAAAAUAUUUCCACUACAAGAUCUGUUCUUCAUGUCGCUACUUGAAACGUGGAAAAUAUUGAAAUGUUUCUGCCACAUAAGAUGAAGGAAGUGAGGGUGGGGAAAGCAGUUAAUUAAAUGGCUCUAUAAAUAUGGUCUUAUCUCAACAAUGUGUACAAUUGUUCCUAUUUGAUAGUCAACUCGUCGAUGUACAAUGUAGUGAUUUGUGUGCGUGUUUCAAAACUGUAUGAAGAUUUUAUUCCCCUCCACUCAUUUCUGGUCAUGAUGCCUGGCAUCCACUAGUUCACCAAAGGCCACACAACGUUCUCUUUCCACACUGAUGUUGGAGGCAACACCAUGUCAUCAUUAAUGUUGAGGAUAUAUUUGUAAAGAGAAAUGUGUAUGGACUUAAGACGUUUUGUUUUCCCCCCACUGAUUUUUAUUUAUAAGAAAAUGUUGAUUGAACUGUUGAAUGCAGCAAUAGUCUUUACCUCCCCUGGAUAUAAUACACAUGAAUCUACAGACAUUUAUUUAUCUAUGUAGAUAGAUUUAAUGCACUGUGGCUUAAUUGUUUCUAAGUGAUUGGAUUCCUCUGGAUGUCAUUCUUGAUUUCAUAAUAAGAUUGCCUUUAGUAUGUUGCUGGUGGAGUGGGAGUUUAGUGUGUAGCUGUAUUCUAAUCAUUAUGCAAACUUCAAUGUUUUCCUGUUGUACAGCUGUUUGCAUUAAAGGUAUGUGUGUCCCAUGUUGGGUCUCACAAGUGUAAUUUCCAAA